AUGUCAGUCUAUGGGGGCUUCGGCACCAGGGUCUUAGAAAAGAAUUACAACUCCCUUCUUGAAUACUGCUUAGGAGCCUUGGUCAAGAACAUAAUGGCCACACCAGAAUGCUUAGAGGAUGGCUAUGUCUUCGGGCACAACUUCAGCAAAUAAAAUCGUUAAGGCUUUCACCCUAAUGAAGCAUUUGGAAGGCAAGAAAUACCUGAAGCCUCAUUUCUCCAAAUGAAUGGAAUCAAUGAUUAAUUAUAUCCUCUCUAAUAAUGAUUUUGAUCAAUUUAAGAAUGAGAGGGCUGAUUCUGAGAAGACCAAAUCAAGCUUCAUGGGUCAAUCCUCCAUGCAUAAAUUUACUCUGAAGACUACAUCUUGGGAGAAAGAGAAGUUUAAUAUUCCGAAACUUCAGUCUAAAUUACAUAAACUAACCGAUGCAAACUCUUUAGAGACUAAUGACAGGUCUAAUAUGAAGCUGAAAUAACCUGAAUUUGAGUUAUUACGGCAUUAAGGCCAAGAGCAUCUCUCGGAAGUGCAAAAACUCCAUCCCUCUAGACUUCAACUCACGAAAGAAGAGAAAUCAGCUCAAGUUGAAAUAACCUUGACUACGUCCAAACAGAAUAUAAGAAGAAUAAUAGGAUCCUGACUAGAGAGGUGCAUACAGGUCCAUCAAAAGCUUUUAAUUCUACUAAAAUUGAUGAGAAGUUAAAAUCCCUCGUCACAGAAUAUAACGAAAAUAUGGAAAAAUUAAGACAAAAGAAGUCAUCCAAAAUGUAUGACACGAGUCUGUACGCCACCAGUACGGUAUAUGAGAACUUUUGAACAUCUAAUAUGGCUAAAAAUAGCUCUAAAGGACAGCUCUCUGGCCAGACAAUGUAUCCCUCCUCUGUACAGGAGUUUCUUAAUUCCUCUAAGGAAGGUCAUCUUUCUCAUAAUUCAUCUGUAGUUAACCCUUCAGACCCUAGAAGCAAGACUUCGUGUAGCCAUACUCAGAAUAAACAUGCUCCAAAGAAUAAUUCCUGGAAGGACCAAAACUUAUCAACCCGAUCACGUUGGAGGCGCAACAAGAGUCAGGAAAAAGCCCAGAAUUUUCCUAAACCGCUUAAGGAUCUCAAGUUUGGAAAUGAUGCUGAGACCAGAAAGAGUAUGCAGAGGAUGCUUGAGGUGAGUAUUAAUAAGAAGUAGAGCCGUUCAAUUUUCUUUAAGAUUUUUGGGG